AGCAAAUAUUUUUUUUGAAAAUAUCAAGUAGAAAUAUGAUAAACCCUGUUGAACCGGUGUUAGCGAAGGAAGCUGUGCUUCAGGAGAGUUCCAAACUACCGGAUGGGACACCGACAGUUCAAGGAUACGACUGGAAUCAAGGAAGGAACUACGAGGCACUAUUUCAAACAUAUCUGCGUUCCGGUUUUCAGGCUACAAAUUUAGGCAAGGCGAUCGAAGAGGUUCAAAAGAUGAUCGAGUGCCGUGCAAUCCCCCUCCCCGAGGACAAGUAUGACACCUACGAAGAGGAUGAAUUUAUCAAGCGUAAAGCAAACUGUACAAUAUUCCUUGGCUACACAUCCAAUAUGGUGUCUUGCGGUGUUCGUGAGACAAUUCGCUUCCUGGUGCAACAUAAAAUGGUCGACUGCAUCGUGACAACCGCCGGUGGAGUUGAGGAGGAUCUGAUCAAAUGUCUGGCACCUACCUAUCUGGGUUCGUUCGAGCUCGAAGGGAAACGACUUCGAGAGCAGGGAAUUAACCGGAUCGGAAAUCUUCUGGUACCGAAUGAUAAUUACUGUAAAUUUGAAAAUUGGGUCAUACCGAUUCUGGAUGAAAUGUUGGAAGAGCAACGAACUACGGGAGUUCUGUGGACUCCGUCCAACGUGAUUCAAAGACUUGGAGAGAAAAUCAACGACGAAAGUUCGGUCUAUUACUGGGCUGCCAAGAACAAGAUCCCAGUUUUUAGCCCCGCUCUAACCGAUGGUAGUCUCGGAGACAUGAUGUACUUCCAUUCGUUCCGCAAUCCUGGUCUGGUUCUAGAUAUUAUUUCUGACCUACGACGAUUGAAUACGAUGGCUGUGAAAGCGGUACAUUCGGGUAUGAUUAUAGUAGGAGGUGGCGUAAUUAAACACCACAUAUGCAACGCUAAUUUAAUGAGGAAUGGUGCUGACUUUUCUGUCUUCAUAAACACGGCGUCCGAGUUCGACGGAAGCGACAGUGGAGCACGACCGGACGAAGCAGUAUCGUGGGGAAAGAUUAAGAAGGAUGCUUCCCCGGUCAAAGUGUAUGCUGAAGCUAGUCUGGUGUUUCCGAUACUUGUUGGGGAAACUUUUGUUAAAGAUUAUUUUUUAAAACAUAAGCGUACUAAAGACGAAUAAAAUUGAAUCACUUGCCAUGUUUGAA